GAAUACCUAGUUCUUCCUCUUUUUUAAACCUAACUACCGCAAUGGAGAACUCUGAAGGCAGACUCGUUGAUCUUUACAUUCCCCGCAAGUGCUCCGCCACCAACCGUUUGAUCACUGCUAAGGAUCACGCUUCAGUCCAGAUCAACGUCGGUGAUGUUGAUGCCUCCGGCCGUUACACUGGUUCCUUCACUACCUACGCUCUCAGCGGUUUCGUUCGCAAGGAAUCCGAGGCUGAUGACUCCAUCAACCGCCUUGCCACCAAGGACGGUCUCCUUAAGAACGUCUGGUCUUACCAAAAGUAAAUAACCAAUGCAGCACUGCAAUGGUUUUCUUUGUUACCAAGAUAAUUUUUUGCUUGACACAGUUUCAUGAUUAGUUCAGUGAUUGUUUCUGAGAACGUUGCAAAUGCACUAGUUCAUUGAAUAAAUGGCCAGCAAAUUACAUAUACUGAAUAAUCAUAACAGACCG